GAAAAAAAGAAUUGUUAAAAGUCAAUAAGACUGACUUUAUGGGAAACGAAAAGACUCGAAUUGUCAAUAAUCAAAGGAGGAGCAUCGCUCACUAGGAAAGGAAACCUUGAAUCUUCCUCUCGAAGUUGUGCAGAUAGCAACUUCUACCUCCACUUUAUCUCAUAAUUUAAGUGGAUUGUAAGUCUAAGCCUAUGGAUGUUAAUGAACAAAUAACGAAGGUGACAUGGAAGAUUGAAGUUUUGAGUGAUGUUCAUAGUAAGUCUAUGGAUGUUAAUGGACAAGUAACGAAGGUCACAUGGAGGAUUGAGAACUUCUCCACUAUUCAAGACAAGAAGCUUUGCUCUGAAAAUUUCACUGUUGAUGGCAACAAAUGGCGAUUUAUUAUCUACCCCAAGGGGGACGCUGUGGAUCAUUUGUCAAUUUAUUUAGGUGUUGCAGAUUCAUCAACUUUGCCUGCUGGAUGGAUCAGAUAUGCCCAUUUCGGAUUAGCAGUGAUCGACCAAUUUGAUCGUGAACUUUCCAUUACGGGAGUCACUACACAUGUGUUCAAUGUGAAUGCGGAUAAUUGGGGCUUCCCUUCAUUCUUACCUCUUACUGAAUUACGCAACCCUGAAAGAGGUUAUCUCGUCAAUGAUGCAUGCUUGGUUGAAGCCUACGUUUUCACUGAUAGGAGUAUUGGAUUUAUUUCACACGAAUUGAUAGUCAAAACUGAUUCGGAUAAACUUAAGACCAAGGAAUCUGAUUGUGUUAAGGCAGCCAUGGACAACCAGAGAACUACAUCAACCAAAGCAGUUGAAAUCACUAAUCCUUCACCAACUCCACCUUAUUGCCAGAUUAUGGCUAUUGAACCUGAGGAGCCUACUGAGGAAGAUAUGAACACAUUCUUCACCAGCUUAGAGUCUAAGCUUUGGAGCUUCAACACUAUUUUUUCUCGAGAAGAAGCAAAGGAAGCACUGGCUAAAGUAGAAAAAGCCUUGAAUAUGACCCCGGUUAAUUUUUACGAUUCAGGGAAGCUUUCUCCACUUAAGCAUGCAUUCAAGAUACUAGCUAGUUUUGAUUGUUCCUCUACCACCCUUACAAUGGAGCAAAAAAAAGAGUUGUUGGCCAUGGAGGAGAGCUUGAAAGAACUAGCUGACCGAGCAGCGAAAGCAUUGCAGGACAAGAAUUUCCUUACUGAGAAGGAAUCUAUUAAGUUGACAAUUACGCAUAAAUUGGAUCGUAAUGUAAUCAGAUAUAAGGAGGUGGAAUCAGAGGUGAAACAGGUAGAGAAAAAACUAGCUGCCCUCCAUGUACAAGUUGAAGAAGCACAAAAGGAAAGGGAGAAUAUGUUGGCUGAACGGAAGGAGAUAUUUAAAAGUUCCAAGGAAAUGAAAAUGGAGUUGGAAGCAUUGGAAAAGCAAUGGGCAGAGUAUGAGGCCAUGGCCAAGGUUGCCGAGGAGGAAGAGAGUAUUGUUUUGGCUGAAUGGGGAAGAAUCAAAGAUUUCAUCUCUUCCAUUAAAGGAAAGAUUUAGAAACUAUGGAGGAAAUUUUGUAGUAAUGGUGUUUUGUGCAAGACUUUAUAUUAUAUGCAUACAUCCUUGAUUCAUUUUCUCUCCUUAAAUUGAAUGAAGGAUAUAUAAAUAUAGAACUUUCAGAAGUCUACAAUAA